CUCGAGCCAGACGGGACUUCCCUGCGCCCCGGCGCCCCGCGGGCAGCAUGCCCCUGCGGGCAGGGGGAACGGGGCUGAAUUGGCCCUCCCGGGGGCUCAGCCUGCGCCCUAAAGCUCCCCAGAUGCGUCCCCGCCGGGGCCCCCCGCUUGCGUGAGGAUACCUCCUCUGAGGGGCGACCUCCGAGCGCCCCUCUCGCGACCGCCCCGGGGCCCCCCGGCUGGCCAGAGGAUGGACGAGGACGAGGAUGGAGCGGGCGCCGAGGAGUCGGGACAGCCCCGGAGCUUCCCGCAGCAAAAUGACCUGUCCGGGGCCGGGGGCCGGCCGGGGCCGGGGUCGCCGGAGAAGGACCCGGGCAGCGCGGACUCCGAGGCGGAGGGGCUGCCCUACCCGGCGCUGGCCCCGGUGGUUUUCUUCUACUUGAGCCAGGACAGCCGCCCGCGGAGCUGGUGCCUCCGAACGGUUGUGGGCACCUGGUUCGAGCGCAUCAGCAUGCUGGUUAUCCUGCUCAACUGUGUGACGCUGGGCAUGUUCCGGCCAUGUGAGGAUAUCGCCUGUGACUCCCAGCGCUGUCGGAUCCUACAGGCUUUUGAUGAUUUCAUCUUUGCCUUCUUUGCUGUGGAGAUGGUGGUGAAGAUGGUGGCCUUGGGCAUCUUUGGGAAAAAAUGUUACCUGGGAGACACUUGGAACCGGCUGGACUUCUUCAUCGUCAUUGCAGGGAUGCUGGAGUAUUCGCUGGACCUGCAAAAUGUCAGCUUCUCGGCCGUCAGGACAGUCCGCGUGCUGCGGCCUCUCAGGGCCAUUAACCGGGUGCCCAGCAUGCGCAUCCUCGUCACGCUGCUGCUGGACACGCUGCCCAUGCUGGGCAACGUACUGCUGCUCUGCUUCUUCGUCUUCUUCAUCUUCGGCAUCGUCGGCGUCCAGCUGUGGGCCGGGCUGCUGCGGAACCGCUGCUUCCUGCCUGAGAAUUUCAGCCUCCCCCUGAGUGUGGACCUGGAGCCCUACUACCAGACUGAAAACGAGGACGAGAGCCCGUUUAUCUGCUCACAGCCACGGGAGAAUGGCAUGCGGUCGUGCCGGAGCGUGCCCACGCUGCGCGGGGAGGGCGGCGGUGGCCCGCCCUGCGUCCUGGACUACGAGGCCUACAACAGCUCUAGCAACACCACCUGUGUCAAUUGGAACCAGUACUAUACCAACUGCUCUGCAGGGGAGCGCAACCCCUUCAAAGGCGCCAUCAACUUUGACAACAUCGGCUAUGCCUGGAUCGCCAUCUUCCAGGUCAUCACGUUGGAGGGCUGGGUCGACAUCAUGUACUUCGUGAUGGAUGCUCACUCUUUCUACAACUUCAUCUACUUCAUCCUCCUCAUCAUCGUGGGCUCCUUCUUCAUGAUCAACCUGUGCCUGGUGGUGAUCGCCACGCAGUUCUCGGAGACCAAGCAGCGGGAAAGCCAGCUGAUGCGGGAGCAGCGUGUGCGCUUCCUGUCCAAUGCCAGCACGCUGGCCAGCUUUUCGGAGCCAGGCAGCUGUUAUGAAGAGCUGCUCAAGUACCUGGUGUACAUCCUGCGGAAGGCAGCCCGCAGACUGGUUCAGGUCUGCCGGGCCCUGGGUGUGAGGGCCGGGCUGCUGACUGUCCCGCCACCAUCAGGGAACCAGGAACCCCAGACCAGUGGCAGCUGCACUCGUUCCCACCGCCGCCCCUCUGUCCACCACAUGGUGCACCACCAUCACCACCAUCACCACCACUACCACCUCGGCAACGGGACCCUGCGGGCCCCCCGGGCCAGCCCUCAGAUUCGGGACAGGGAGGCCGAAGGGUCCCACCGACUCAUGUUACCGCCCCCCUCCACACCUGCCCUCUCUGGGGGACCCCCCAGGGAAGCAGAGUCUGUGCACAGUUUCUACCAUGCUGACUGCCACCUGGAGCCAGUUCGCUGCCAAGCACCCCCUCCCAGGUCACCCUCUGAGGCUUCAGGAAGGACUGUGGUGAGUGGGAAAGUGUACCCCACUGUGCACGCCAGCCCUCCCCCGGAGAUGCUGAAGGACAAAGCUCUUGUAGAGGUGGCCCCCGCAUCUGCCCCCUCGGCCCUCACCAAUCUCAGCAUUCCGCCUGGGCCCUACAGCUCCAUGCACAAGCUGCUGGAGACCCAGAGUACAGGCGCCUGCCAAAGCUCCUGCAAGAUCUCCAGCCCUUGCCUCAGGACAGACAGUGGAGCCUGCAGCCCUCACAACUGCCCCUACUGUGCCCGGGCCAGGGCCAGAGACUUAGAGCUCACUGGUGCAGAGGGGCCCGACUCCGACAGCGAGGCAGUGUAUGAGUUCACCCAGGAUGCCCAGUGUGGAGACGUUCGGGAACCCCACAGCCGGCGUCGCCGGGUCGGAGGACAGGAUGUGGAACCCAACUCUGUGCUGGCUUUCUGGAGGCUUAUCUGUGACACCUUCCGCAAGAUUGUGGACAGCAAGUAUUUUGGCCGAGGAAUCAUGAUCGCCAUCCUGGUCAACACCCUCAGCAUGGGCAUCGAGUACCACGAACAGCCCGAGGAGCUCACCAAUGCCCUGGAAAUUAGCAACAUCGUCUUCACCAGCCUCUUUGCCCUGGAGAUGCUGCUGAAGCUGCUCGUGUACGGUCCCUUUGGCUACAUCAAGAAUCCCUACAACAUCUUUGAUGGCGUCAUCGUUGUCAUCAGUGUGUGGGAGAUCGUGGGCCAGCAGGGGGGCGGCCUGUCGGUGCUGCGGACCUUCCGCCUGAUGCGGGUGCUGAAGCUGGUACGCUUCCUGCCGGCGCUGCAGCGGCAGCUCGUGGUGCUCAUGAAGACCAUGGACAAUGUGGCCACCUUCUGCAUGCUGCUCAUGCUCUUCAUCUUCAUCUUCAGCAUCCUGGGCAUGCAUCUCUUCGGCUGCAAAUUUGCGUCUGAGCGCGACGGGGAUACGCUGCCUGAUCGCAAGAACUUUGACUCCCUUCUCUGGGCCAUCGUCACCGUCUUUCAGAUCCUGACCCAGGAGGACUGGAACAAAGUGCUCUACAAUGGCAUGGCCUCCACGUCGUCCUGGGCUGCCCUCUACUUCAUUGCCCUCAUGACCUUCGGCAACUACGUCCUCUUCAAUCUACUGGUUGCCAUCCUGGUGGAGGGUUUCCAGGCAGAGGAAAUCAGCAAACGGGAAGAUGCGAGUGGACAGUUGAGCUGUAUUCAGCUGCCUGUCGACUCCCAGGGGGGAGAUGCCAACAAGUCUGAGUCGGAACCUGAUUUCUUCUCCCCCAGCCUGGAGGGUGAUGGUGAUAGAAAGAAGCACUUGGCCUUGGUGUCCCUGGGAGAACACCCAGAGCUGCGGACCAGCCUGCUGCCCCCGCUCAUCAUCCACACUGCAGCCACACCCAUGUCCUUGCCCAAAAGCUCCAGCACAGGCCUGGCUGAGCCUGUGGGGUCCAGCUCCCGCCGCACCAGCAGCAGCGGGUCAGCAGAGCCCGGGGCGGCCCACGAGAUGAAGUCACCGCCAAGCGCCCGCAGUUCCCCACACAGCCCCUGGAGCGCCGCCAGUAGCUGGACCAGUCGUCGAUCCAGCCGCAACAGCCUUGGCCGGGCUCCCAGCCUGAAGCGCAGGAGCCCUAGUGGGGAGCGGCGGUCGCUGCUGUCAGGGGAGGGCCGGGAGAGCCAGGACGAGGAGGAGAGCUCGGAAGAGGAGCGGGCCAGCCCAGUGGGCAGUGACCGGCGUCCUGGGAGCUCCCUGGAGCGGGAGGCCAAGAGCUCCUUUGAGCUGCCGGACACGCUACAGGUGCCUGGGCUUCCCCACACAGCUGUAGGCCGCAGCUCUGCCUCUGAGCAUCACGACUGCAAUGGCAAGUCGGCCCCUGGGCGCCAGCCCCAUGCACUGCGGCCCGACGACCCUCCACUGGAUGGGGACGAUGGAGAUGAUGAAGGCAACUUGAGCAAAGGAGAACGGAUGCGAGCAUGGAUCCGGGCUCGGCUCCCUGCCUGCUGCCGUGAACGCGACUCAUGGUCGGCCUACGUCUUCCCCCCACAGUCCAAGUUCCGUCUCCUGUGUCACCGGAUCAUCACCCACAAGAUGUUUGACCAUGUGGUUCUCGUAAUCAUCUUCCUCAAUUGCAUCACCAUUGCCAUGGAGCGCCCCAAGAUCGACCCCCACAGUGCUGAGCGCAUCUUCCUCACCCUCUCCAACUAUAUCUUCACAGCAGUUUUCCUGGCUGAGAUGACAGUGAAGGUGGUGGCGCUGGGCUGGUGCUUUGGAGAGCAGGCGUACCUGCGCAGCAGCUGGAAUGUGCUGGACGGGCUACUGGUGCUCAUUUCCGUCAUCGACAUCCUGGUGUCCACCGUCUCCGACAGCGGCACCAAGAUCCUGGGCAUGCUGCGGGUGCUGCGGCUGCUGCGGACCCUGCGCCCGCUCAGGGUGAUAAGCCGGGCUCAGGGGCUGAAGCUGGUGGUAGAGACACUCAUGUCCUCACUCAAGCCCAUCGGGAACAUCGUGGUCAUCUGCUGUGCCUUUUUCAUCAUCUUUGGCAUCCUGGGGGUGCAGCUCUUCAAAGGGAAGUUCUUCGUGUGCCAGGGCGAGGACACCAGGAAUAUCACCAACAAGUCUGACUGUGCUGAGGCCAGUUACCGGUGGGUCCGGCACAAGUACAAUUUUGACAACCUCGGCCAGGCCCUGAUGUCACUGUUCGUGCUCGCCUCCAAAGAUGGCUGGGUGGACAUCAUGUACGACGGCCUGGAUGCCGUGGGCGUGGAUCAGCAGCCCAUCAUGAACCACAACCCCUGGAUGCUGCUGUACUUCAUCUCCUUCCUGCUCAUCGUGGCCUUCUUCGUCCUGAACAUGUUCGUGGGUGUGGUGGUGGAGAACUUCCACAAGUGCCGGCAGCACCAAGAAGAGGAGGAGGCGCGACGGCGAGAGGAGAAGCGGCUGCGGAGACUGGAGAAAAAGAGAAGGAAUCUAAUGCUGGACGAUGUAAUUACUUCCGGCAGCUCAGCCAGUGCGGCGCCAGAAGCCCAGUGCAAACCCUACUACUCAGACUACUCCCGCUUCCGGCUCCUCGUCCACCACCUGUGCACCAGCCACUAUCUGGACCUCUUCAUCACGGGGGUCAUCGGGCUGAAUGUGGUCACUAUGGCCAUGGAGCACUACCAGCAGCCCCAGAUCCUGGACGAGGCUCUUAAGAUCUGCAACUACAUCUUCACGGUCAUCUUCGUCCUGGAGUCCGUCUUCAAACUCGUGGCCUUCGGCUUCCGUCGUUUCUUCCAGGACAGGUGGAACCAGCUGGACCUGGCCAUCGUGCUGCUGUCCAUCAUGGGCAUCACGCUGGAGGAGAUCGAGGUGAACGCCUCGCUGCCUAUCAAUCCCACCAUCAUCCGCAUCAUGCGGGUGCUGCGUAUCGCCCGAGUGCUGAAGCUGCUGAAGAUGGCUGUGGGCAUGCGGGCGCUCCUGGACACAGUUAUGCAGGCCCUGCCCCAGGUGGGGAACCUGGGGCUGCUCUUCAUGUUGUUGUUUUUCAUCUUUGCAGCUCUGGGCGUGGAGCUCUUUGGAGACCUGGAGUGUGACGAGACGCACCCGUGCGAGGGCCUGGGCCGACAUGCCACCUUCCGAAACUUUGGCAUGGCCUUCCUCACCCUCUUCCGGGUCUCCACAGGUGACAACUGGAAUGGUAUUAUGAAGGAUACACUCCGGGAUUGCGACCAGGAGUCCACCUGCUACAACACGGUCAUCUCGCCCAUCUACUUCGUGUCCUUCGUGCUGACUGCACAGUUCGUGCUGGUCAACGUGGUGAUCGCUGUGCUCAUGAAGCACCUGGAGGAGAGCAAUAAGGAGGCCAAGGAGGAGGCGGAGCUGGAGGCAGAGCUAGAGCUGGAGAUGAAGACGCUCAGCCCGCAGCCCCGUUCGCCCCUAGGCAGCCCCUUUCUCUGGCCCGGGGUCGAGGGGCCAGAUAGCCCCGACAGCCCCAAGCCUGGCACCUCGCCUGCUGCCGCCCAUGCCCGGGUGGCCUCCCGCUUCUCUCUGGAGCACUCCACGGACAAACAACUGUUUGACUCCAUAUCCCUGCUGAUCCAGGGCUCCCUGGAGGGGGAGCUGAAGCUGAUGGACGAGCUGGCAGGCCCUGGGGGCCAGGCCUCUGCCUUCCCUCUGGCUUGCAGCCCAGGCGGCUCCGAACCACAGAUCCGUCUAGCGGAGAUGGAGAGUCUAUCUCUGGCAUCAGAGGUUGUGUCUGAACCGUCCUGCUCUCUAGCUCUGACCGAUGACUCUUUGCCUGGCGACUCCCCCACUCUCUUACUUAGUGCUCCGGAGAGCAAUAUGGAUCCUCACUCCAAUGGGGUGCUGGGACCAGAUCUGCUGAGCGCACGGAAGAGCGGAGUUAGCCGGACACUCUCGCUGCCCAAUGACAGCUAUAUGUAUCAUGACAGUGGCAAUGCAGACGGGUACCCAGCACUCAGGAGCUGGGCACUCCCUAAAGCUCAAUCAGGCUCUAUCUUGUCCGUGCACUCCCAGCCAGCAGACACCAACUUUAUCCUGCAGCUUCCCAAAGAUGUACCCUGUUUGCUCCAGCCCCUCAGCACUCCCGCCUGGGGCACCAUCCCCAAACUUCCCCCACCGGGUCGCUCGCCUUUGGCCCAGAGGCCACUCAAGCGCCAGGCCGCAAUCAGGACUGAUUCCCUGGAUGUUCAGGGCCUGGGCAGCCGGGAUGACCUGCUGGCAGAGGUGAGUGGGCCCUCCCCACUGCGGGUCCGGGCCUUGUCCUUCUGGGGCCGCCCGCAGCCCACUUCCAGCCAGAGCAAGGCCUCCAGGCACAUGCCCUUGCCCGCCCCCUGCCCGGGCCUAGAGCCCGGCUGGGUCAAGACUCCCACGGAGACCAGGAGCAGCUUGGAACUGGACACGGAGCUGAGCUGGGUUUCUGGAGAACUCCUUCCGGGGGACAGUCAGGAUGAACCCCUGCCAGCCCGGGACCUGAAGAAGUGCUACAGUGUGGAAGCACGAAGUUGCCGCCGCCGGCCUGCCUGCUGGCUGGAGGAGCAACGCCGGCACUCCAUUGCCGUCAGCUGCCUGGACAGCAGCCCUGCUGGUCUCGGAGGCCAUCCUCUGGGGGGGCCUGGGAGCCGGCCCAAGAAAAAACUCAGCCCACCCAGCAUCGCCAUGGAGCCCCCCAAGGGCCAGGGCCCGCGGCCCCCCUCCAGCCCUGGCGUAUGCCUCCGGCGGAGGGCUCCAUCCAGCGACUGCAAGGACCCCUCUGCCUGUGGCCCCACCGACAGCAUGGCUGCCUCGUCCCCCCCAAAGAAAGACCUGCUGAGUCUGUCCGGUGUGUCCUCUGACCCAGCAGACCCGGAUCCCUGAACCCCCCCUCCCCCAUGCUCCCUCUCACCUUCCUCCACUGGGUGCCAAAUCUCACUCCUGCUCCUCCUGGACUCGAUUCCUGAAGAAAGUUCCAGGUGGGUCCCGUGGAGGAGCGGGCACUUUACCCUGCUCAGUGGCACUGGGCACCUGGCAAGCUGCAUUUCUAGAAAGUUCCAGGCCACGCCGGCUCCAGGGAGAUAGAGAAGCCCCGUGUCACUGAGGAUCCCGACUCCAGGAGCUGUCGGGAGGAAGCAAUACGUUUGUGCAGAAUCUCUAUGUCUAUUCUAUUUUAUUAAAUUAAUUGAAUCUAGUCUCUGCGGGAUGUACGGCAUUUUGUGACUGAAGAGACUUGCUUUCCUUCUACUUCUAUGUGUCUCAGAAUAUUUUUGAGGCGAAGGCGUCUGUCUCUUGGCUAUUUUAACCUAAAAUAACCAGUCUAGUUAUCUCCCCUCUUCUUGCCAAGCACAAGCUGGGGCUGCGGGCACAUCACUGCCGGGGGGGCCCGUCUUCAGUGGAGAGCGAGAACCGUUUUGGAAAAAUGUAAUGUAACUUAUUUUCUCCUUUAACCUCGUCAUCAUUUUCUGUAGGAAAAAAAAAAGAGAAAAAGAAAAAAAUAAGAUUUUACAAAUGAAAUGGAAUCUUUUUAUAUAUACAUACAUCCAUAUCUAUAUCUAUAUCUCUAUAUAAUAAAGUAAUUUUCCAAAAUAAAAAGUUAA